AUGUCUUUCUCCCAGCACGAUAAUCACCUUCGUAAUGCAGCCCACUACGACAAACUCCUGAAGAACUACGCGCUAGAGCUCUCCAAAGCCAGAGAAAUCGCCCCGGAGACACUGGAAGGGCUCAGUGAAACCGAGAGACUUUGGGUCUUCGAGAUACAGCGUAUGGAAUGUUACGAAAGUGAAAUGGCCAUCAGGAGGGCUGGCAUUGACACCAUCAAAGAAUGCCUGGAUAGGUACAAGUCAAAGGAGCAGUUCAAUGAAUAUGCGCUCAAGAAAGUUAGAUCCUAUCGCGAUGCAGCAAAAGUGCUUCGGGAAAAAAAACCCCCAAUUUAUUCGACAGUCCGCCCUGGUCCAAUUACCCGGCUACCUCCGGAACUUCUUCGCAUGAUUCUCAAAGACUGCUGCGCCGAGCCAACGGUUGCAAAGGCAGCUCGGGUAUGUCGCGAAUGGCACCAGAUUGCAAUCCCACUGCUGUACAACUCGGUAGAUCUCGGUGAAGGCGUUGAGUUGGAAAUGUGGGUGGUUAAUGGUAGUGAAUACCGUUGGCACAGGGAGGGACGGGAAAAAUCAGAUGCACGGAUAGCUCCCAUGUCAUUGAGCGUUAGACUAUUACACACACUCAGUACCACUCCAUAUGUGAGGUAUGUACGAAAGUUAUCAUAUCGUGGUCUUUCGCCAUCGUCUAAAUCAUCGCUUGAACGUUGGCCGAAUUCCUCUAUCCGGGAGUAUUAUGGUGAAAGUGGGUCCGUAAAUAACGCGACACUCGUGAAGCUCCGCAUCAAGACGGUAAACCUAAUGAUCGCGGCAGCAAAAAAGGUUUCUCGGCUACUUGUUCAUCUUGAAAACUUAGAACUUCGCGGGAAAACGGAUUUUCGGAUUUUCGAUGCUUUUCUCGGUGUGCUGAAGUGGAGACCUCUGCGGCAGUUGACACUACAUGAUAUGAAUGUCAGGGCCUGCCAUUUUGACCGUCGGCCAUCAAACUAUUCUAUCACAUCACUAACUCUUGAUAAUGUUGUUUAUUAUUUUGGGAAAGAGAAACGCCGGCGGCUUGGUGCAUCUGAAGCGAACAAGUUAUCCAAGGUUCGAGGGACAGAGAAGAUAUAUUCCCUCCUCCGAAAGUGUCCUGAACUCAAAAGUUUAUGCAUCACGGACUGUGACUUCGACAUGGAAAAACUCCUUGAGUGCAGAGCAUUCAAACAACCUCAGAAAUCUGUGAUAAACUUUCCUAAUCUUUCCCGUUUCCAUGUUUAUUCCAGCAUGGACCCGCCAACAUGGGAUUACCAGUUACGCAACCAGGUGCAUUGGUUCCUUUCAAGACACCCGGAUAUCCAGUCUUUAUCUUGCAAUGCUGGGUUGCUAGCGAGAUUAUUGCACGGAAUGAGCAGUUUUACAAAGAAUCCUGAAUUCGCGAUCAUGCCGCAAAAUCUUAAAAGAUUAGAAAUUGAUCAAUUAUUCUCGGGCACAGACACAGACUAUAGUUCUGGCUCGCAGGAUGGGCAAAUUAACAUGAAAGAGUCGUUACCGCAUGUUUUUGGUAUGAUGCCGCUACUAGAAGAACUGCAAUUCAAAAAUUUUCCGUGGGGCCGGAAUUACCUGAGAAGAUGUUUGCAAGCCCUGCGAAGCAGCCCGAGACUAAGGAUCCUUCGAAUUUUGGAGCUUUAUUGGGAGGUUACACUGCCAAUACUGCAGGAUUUAGCAAAGUUAUCGCCCCUAUUGGAGAAUAUUACUCUUGAAUGUGUUGGAAUAAAGGUCUUUGACGAAGAUCGGGAUGACGAUUAUGAGCGAUUUGAUAUUAAAAAAUUAGCGCAGACAUUGUCACCACUUUAUAAUCUCCGCGAACUUUCCCUCAACUACUCCAUCGAACCCACCACCCCCGCUAUCUUUGCCGCACUCUCCCCAUUCCCCAUCGAUCCUCGUCUUCGAUAUUUGUUUCGAGUUUUUGAGGGUUUGCGUGAUAACAACCCUAAAGCAUUUGAAGAAGUUCGUGACGAAUAUGUUGUUGUCGUCAGCGAUGCUGUGGCCAUAUUUUCCAAACAUUUUGUGAAAAUGGAUUACCUGAACCUUGCUGUAUGGGAAAGUGCACAAUUUCUGGAUGGAAACGAGCUUUCUUUACUAAGAAUCGAUGGGGAUUGCGAUAAAAGACGGACGUGUAUAGGCUGGAAGCAGGUGCUGCGGGGUGUAGGGAAGCUGGAUGUGAGAAUGAAUGCUGCUAAGGGAGGAGUUGGGGCUUGCAAUUUCGUUGGACGGUGGUGA